UCCUCUGCGUUUUCGGCGCCAGAUCCAACCCUUUCUCCCGCGGUUUUCAACUUCGGCGACUCCAACUCCGACACCGGUUGCGUUGUCGGUGCGGCCAUUGAGAACAUCUACCCCCUACGGCCACCGGUUCUUCGAUGGCAACCUGAUCGUUGAUUUUCUCUUGGAUGCGAUGGAUAUGCCUUAUUUGAAUGCGAAUCUUGAUUCCCUUGGCGCACCAAAUUUUUGUAAGCGGUGCAAUUAUGCCGCUGUAGGCUCGACUAUUCUUCCCGCAACAGCUACAUCUUUUUGCCCUUUUUCAUUUGGGGUUCAGGUGAAUCAGUUUCUCCAUUUCAAAGCUAGAGUUCUUGAGCUUCGAGCAGGCAAAGGUGGUAAGAAACUUGAUAAGUACCUUCCCGCUGAUGAUUACUUCCAGAAGGGGCUCUACAUGUUUGAUAUUGGGCAGAAUGAUCUUGCUGGCGCAUUUUAUUCCAAAACUUUGGACCAAAUUCUUGCCUCAAUACCUGCAAUUUUAUCUGAAUUUGAGAGUGGAGUUCAGGUUAGACUCAAUGGUUUCUUUCUAAGUUAUCUUGGCUCAAUGAUGAUUUUGUUUAGAUGUGCUUUUACCUACUUGAUUUUUUGUUAGAUUCGAGUAUUAAACUUGAUUCUGAGUGUUUUGGAAGCUAGUUUUUAUAUGAUUUAUUGGUGGCUGAUGAUGGCUUUAGUUAUAAACAAUCAUUUUUGUUAGAAGCAUUUAGGUACUGAAACGAUCCAACCCCAUUGCUAGUAGAUAUUCUCCUCUUUGGGUUUUUCCCUCCGGGCUUCCCUCAAGGUUUUUAAAACACGUUU